CCAAUUUCCGUCUCAUUUUUGCUAGCUGAGUGCUCUAUCUUGUAUUUCUAGUAUCUGUUUUUUUACAACAAAUCAAAAUAUUGUACUUUCAAGUGUUAUGAUUAGGCCCCUAUGUAGACCUCCUAGGCCUGAACCAAUGGCUGCAAAGAACUUCCGUAUGAACAGGAUCGGAGAAUUAUUUGAAUUGAAGACAUUUCCCGAGAAGAAAGGCGGUAAAAAACCAUGUCCAAGAAGUGGCCAUCGCUGUGUUGCUGAUAAAAAGGGACUGUAUGUAUUCGGAGGAUACAACCCAAAUCUAGACACACUGAAAAGGCAUUACGAUGACUGUGAUUUUGAGGCUCUGGACAUCAUCAUUCCACUCUUCAAUGAGCUUUGGGAAUUCAACUUUGCUUCCUGUUGCUGGAGGAAGAUGAAGACAUCUGGUCCAAUGCCAACUGAAGUUGCCUCAAUGGCUAUGCUCUUAGUUGGCUCAACAAUUGUUGUCUAUGGAGGGACAGGAUUUCCAUUUGGGUUCACAUCUAGUAACAAGAUUUACACUUUGAACCUGAGGUCGCUGAAGUGGAAAAAGCAUGUGACUGAAGAGGAGUAUUCCCCCAUUCGAACCUAUGGCUCUGCAAUAUGUGUCAACAAGGAAAACUUGUAUGUUUAUGGCGGUACUACAGGAUGGUCUUACACUUCUAAUGUUGAUUGUUACAAUAUGGACUCUCUUUCUUGGAGCAGUGUGUACGAUUCAUCAAUAGAUUGGCCCCCGGGCUAUAUUCAGCCUCAUGAUUAUGUUCAGUCCCCAAAGCCUCGUUAUCGACAUGAGAUGGUGUCUGAUCGUGAACAUUUGUACAUACUUGGAGGGGGUAGAGCUACCGUGGCUUUUGAGCUAGAAACAAUAUAUAUUUUAAAUUUGCAAUCAAAAUCCUGGGAAAGACGUCAAAGUAUAAAAGAUAAGAAGCAUGGCUACCCUGGACGAAGGAGGUGCUUCGGUUGCUGUCAGCUUAGUGACAAUGUGUAUAUUAGUGGAGGACUGAAUGAAUUAAUGAUGUUUGAUGACAUUUGGAGAUUGUCACUUACAGACCUUCAGUGGACUAAAUUCAAUGCAAAACUUCUCUUUCCAACCUAUUUUCAUGCUGCUGCAGUGACACCAUCGGGGUGUAUGUUCAUCCAUGGUGGAGUCAAAACGCUCACUGGGGACAAAAGAAGUCUGAAAUUAAGCAAAAUUUGGUUGGUUGUACCUAACCUUUUAGAACUCUGCUGGGAGAAAAUUCUUUAUUACAUACCAAGCAUCUGCCGGAUACCAGAGUCUCAACUCAUGCAGUUAGGUUUACCGCAGCAUAUCAUAUCAAGAUUAAAAUUCAUUUAGUUUAAAUUAGAUUAUUUAAAAAAAUGUAUUUGUUAUUCGUGUCUGUGACCAGCAUAGUACUUGCUGUAUAUUUGGAAAACGUUUUGAUUGGUUGAACAAAAUAUGUUCACACCGAUUCAUUGGAAAUUUUCAAAUGAUACCAGCCUACUAUACGUAUAUAUGGUCUGGGGGAAGCACUUUAUUUGCGCAACUACCGUAUUUAUUUCGAUAAAUGCCACGCUUUGAAUAAAAUUCUCCCUCUUGAAUAAUCACCCUCACCAGAACCUCAUUUGGAAUAAACACCUCCCUCGAAUAAACACCCCGGGACGUUUACUUUUUCUUUGAAUAAAUUCCCCCAACUGACUAAACAAUUCUAAUUGAAGCAACAUUAUUCUCAACACAUUCUAUUAAUGUUCUACUCCAGUUUUCUAAACCUGGUUGUGAUCAAAAAGUCCUUAUAAUCACGCAAAAACACCUUUUGACGGUAAUUGUGUGUUGUAGUUCCACAUUUACAGUGAAGUUCAGGUGUGUUUAUUUGAGUAUAUGUUCCACAGACAAGCCAAACCAGUCACUCGCAAAAAUCGAUAUUAAGUUAUUAAUACAGGGUUAAACAAUAA